GGAGCCAGUGGGGGGGGUCAGCGGGGGAAGGAGGACUGAAGACAGGUCUCCCGACACAGCUCUGGUAGCCACAUUUGCAGACUCAUCUGUCUGUCCAGAACCUGCUCCCACCUCAGGCCCAGGCUAACUGUGAGCUGCCGAAAUGGGCUCUGAGCUGGAGACUGCAAUGGAGACCCUCAUCAACGUGUUCCACGCCCACUCGGGCAAGGAGGGGGACAAGUACAAGCUGAGCAAGAAGGAGCUGAAAGAGCUGCUGCAGACUGAGCUCUCCGGCUUCCUGGACGCCCAGAAGGAUGCCGACGCUGUGGACAAGGUGAUGAAGGAGCUAGAUGAGAAUGGAGACGGGGAGGUGGACUUCCAGGAAUAUGUGGUGCUGGUGGCUGCCCUCACUGUGGCCUGUAACAACUUCUUCUGGGAGAGCAGCUGAGCAGGCAGCCCCAGUGAGCAGCGCCCUUCCCCUCUACAGUGCCGGACCUGCCCAUUCACCCCACUUUCCCCUCACCCCACUUUUCCCUCCCCACAUUCCCCAUUCCCCAUCAAGGGCGCAAGAGUAGCAGGUCAGGCCUGCAACUCCUCUCUCAUUAAAGGCUUCUCUCUCGCCAGC